GAGUUUGCGCACUGAGUGUAAACAGGAAGAGGAAAAUUAGGCUGUUACGGAACAGGACGUGAGACUUAAUAGGUAGUGAUUGUUUUUGGUAAUUAAGGCAUUUUGAAUUCUGUUCGCGAAAGGUUAUUUAUCCGUGCAGACGUGUUUGUUACGAAUUAUGUGUACUACAGCAGAACAGUGACGACAAGAACGUCUGCUGGAGGAAAAAGCUAACGGACGGUAAUCUUCAGUCUCCUGGCUAGCUGGCAGCUCUGACAGGAUUUUGACGCUUUGGCGUAUCUCGUUAGCUGAAUGGCUACAUAAACAGUUGCGUGAGUGGGGAAGACAGACUUGAUACUGAAAAAGUAUUUAAUAAAUAAUGCUAGCUUGUCGUAACUAAACAACGACAAUACGUUUUAAAUCCGUAUUCUCCAAGCCAACGCCAUGGCCCACUAACUGAGUUGGCUAACGUAAUAUCUAGCUAGCUAAGUUAGCCCCUUCUCAGAAAGAGGAACGCUUCGCCAUUAGUGACAAUUUUUUUGAACUACAUUAGCUGCUUCUGGAAAUGGUUCAGAAAGAUAAAAUAGUGGAAUUGUCCCAGUCAGACCCUGAGCCGUGUCCGGCAGGGACGGAGGUCGGUGUGGUGGAUGUUCAAAGCUCAGUGGAAGAACACAGUGUUGUGGCUGAAAGAACAGGCCGCAGAAAAUUCAUCAGCGGUGUUGUUGAGGGAUUUUAUGGUCGACCAUGGACAAUGGAACAAAGAAAGGAGCUGUUUCGGCGACAGCAGAAAUGGGGAUUGAACACGUAUUUGUAUGCGCCGAAAGAUGACUACAAACAUAGAAUGUUCUGGAGAGAGAUGUACUCUGUGGAGGAAGCAGAACAACUGAUGACGCUGAUAAGUUCUGCAAAAGAGCAUGGAAUUGAGUUCAUUUAUGCCAUUUCACCUGGUCUGGAUAUAACAUUUUCAAACCAGAAAGAGGUUUCUACACUGAAAAGAAAGUUAGACCAAGUUUCUCAUUUUGGGUGCAAGUCCUUUGCUCUACUUUUUGAUGACAUUGAUCACAACAUGUGUCCAGCUGACAAAGAAGUAUUUAGCUCGUUUGCACAUGCACAAGUUUCUAUUACCAAUGAGAUCUACCAGUACUUAGGAGAGCCUGAAACGUUUUUGUUUUGCCCCACAGAAUACUGUGGAACGUUUUGCUAUCCAAAUGUGGCCCAAUCACCUUACCUGCGUACUGUUGGUGAAAAGUUGCUGCCUGGCAUUGAUAUUUUGUGGACAGGCCCAAAAGUUGUUUCUAAAGACAUAACGGUAGAGUCUAUUGAAGAGGUGACUAAGAUCUUGAGGAGAUCUCCUGUCAUCUGGGACAAUAUUCAUGCCAAUGACUAUGAUCAGAAAAGGUUGUUCCUUGGCCCUUAUAAAGGCAGGUCCACAGAACUGAUACCUCGGCUAAAAGGAGUCCUCACCAACCCCAACUGUGAAUUUGAGACCAACUUCGUGGCAAUUCACACCCUUGCAACAUGGUACAAGUCUAAUAUGAAUGGAGUGAGAAAGGAUGUUGUAAUGACUGACAGUGAAGACAGCACAGUGUCUAUUCAGAUAAAGUUGGAGAAUGAGGGAAGUGAUGAGGAGCUGGAGACCGACAUUCUUUACAGUCCACAGAUUGCUCUUAAGCUGGCGCUUACCGAGUGGCUCAGCGAGUUUGGAGUGCCUCAUCAAUACAAUAGCCGCCAAGGAGCUCACAGUGGCCCAAAGAGUGCCUCCAUUGAUGUGCCCUCAGUGACUUCCCCUACUCUAGAAUCCUCCACGACAGUAACCACAGUUUUUCAACAGCCCAUCAUGAGCCCUGCUGCUCCUCUCAGUGAGGAACCCCACACACUGCACAAAGAGGAGGAGGAGGAGGAAGUGGAGGUGGAAGUAGAGAAGAAAGAUUCAGAUGAGGAGCCUAUGGAGAUGGUGUUAGAGAAACAAGAUGAAGUAGAGGAUGCCAAGAAUGUCAAUCAGAUCCUCACAAAAAUUGUUAAAGCUGCAAUGACUGAGGAUCUCAAACCCAUGGACACUGAUAAGGAGAGUAUCUCCAAAACUCCAGAGAUGUCAGUUCAGGAGGACUCCAGCAAUGACAUUGCACCCAUGCAGACUGAUGAACAGCUCAAUAAAGAAAUGUUUGUUCCAGGACCCAAUGAGAAACUGCUGUACACAGCUGAGGCACUCACACUGGAGGACUUGUCUCUGCUGGCAGAAUUGUUCUACUUGCCGUAUGAACAUGGUCCAAAAGCAGUGCAGAUGCUCAAAGAGUUCAACUGGCUCAGGGCUAACACAAGCAUUGUUAGUGUAAACUCCAAAUGCAAGGACUCGGAGAAAGUGGCUGAGUGGCAUGCCAGAGCAGAAAAUUUUGAGGAGAUGUGUUGCGCUGUCAUGCAGAUGUUCACCAGACUCUCUAACUCCGCCAAUCGAACCAUUUUGUAUGAUUUGUAUCCCUAUAUCUGGGAUAUAAAGAGUAUCAUCUCUAUGGUGAAAUCAUUUGUCCAGUGGUUAGAUGGAAGAAUCCUCAGCACAAGUUUCUACUGCUAUUGGAUCGACAGUGGACUAUGGUGUCGUAGUCAGUCCUCAGCACAGUUCUUAAGUGGAGACCAAGAGCCCUGGGCCUUUAGGGGCGGUCUAGCGGGAGAGUUCCAGCGACUCUUGCCAAUAGAUGGGGCAAACGACCUUUUCUUUCAGCCACCACCAUCAAUGCCAACUUCCAAAAUCUAUUCCAUAAGGCCUUACUUUCCUAAGGAUGAGGCUGCUGUGUACAAGAUCUGCAAGGAAAUGUAUACAGAGGGAUGCGAAGGUAUUCCUUUUUCUGACCAGGAACCAGACCUGAUUGGGGACAGGUUAGUGGGAGGGUUUUUGACACACAGCCCAGACUACGGCUUUGUCCUGGAGGAUGAAGAGGGGAUUUGUGGUUAUGCCUUAGGCACUGUGGAUGUCAAGCCCUUUGUCAAGAAAUGCAAGAUGAGUUGGAUUCCAUUCAUGCAGGAAAAGUACAAUAAGCCUGACUCAGAGAAGGAUCUGUCCGAGGCAGAGAAAAUGAUGCUAAGUUUUCAUGAGGAGGAGGAAGGUUUGCCAGAUUCAUUUCUUAGUAAUUUCCCCUCGCUUAUAAAGGUGGACAUUCAUGCCAAAGUGACUGACCCCAGUGUAGCCAAAAGCAUGAUGGGCUGUCUCCUUUCAUCCUUGAAAGCCAAUGGCUCUCACGGUGCCUUUUGUGAGGUCCGACAAAUAGACAAACGGAUGUUGGACUUCUAUGGCAAACUUGGCUGCUUUGAAGUAGCUAAAAUGGAGGGCUUUCCAAAAGAUGUAAUCAUAAUGGGAAGGAGCUUGUGAAAGGGACUCAUUUGGAAGCCAGCUGCCCUUGAAAGAAUUUGUACAAAGCUACAGUGGUCUGCAUGGAUGAGCUGGAGUGUGUCUUUACUACCUGUGACAAUGUACACAUUGGUACUUUUGGUUGCACUCAUUACAGCCUGUUGUUAUAGAUUAUUUCUAUAAAGUGUGCUUUUCAGAAACCUCCGAAAGCAUUUGCAUAAUUUAAGGUGCAUCUGAUGGUUGCUAUGUUUUUUGCAAAUCAGGUGAUGUGGUUUUUGUUUUUUUUUUUAAUAUAAAUUUAAUGAGACACUUCUGCUCAAAAAAAAAAAAAGUUUGAGCAGGCCCAAUACCAUUGAGCCCAUUACACAUGUGGAUGGUUACUUUCUCAACACAUUCAGUAUAUUGCAGGAUGUAUUUAAGUGCAGCGCAAUCGGCAGAUUAAAGUUGCUGCUACACUGUUGAGCGGAGUUGAUUUUCCACACUUUAUUUUUAUUUUUUUUAAACUCUUAUUUUCCAAGCUUGACUGACUGUUCAGCAGUACAGGAGUACUCUAGAAGUAAGUCAAGUAGCUGGUUGGGGUGGGGGUAUUUUUGCUCCAUUUUCCAGUCACAGAAUGUUAAUGCAGCGUUCAGCUUUUCAGAGCAACUUUGGAUGUCUUCUGAAAAUUCAUUGGAACUGAUAGGAAUGCACAUAUGAGGACCUUGUAUGUCCUUAGAACUGCAUGGACUUUUUUUUUGGGGGGGGGGGCUGAACUGCAACGUAUGUGUAUCUUGAUGAUACCAUUGUGUUUUGAUCUAUUGACUUCAUCAGUGUUUAGCAGAAUUUUACCCUUCUUUUGAGAUUUGUUGUUCAUGUAUCUGAUCAGAGGUUAUGCCAGUCAUAUAUUCUCCGGUCUCAACAAAAAAUGUGAAUAGUCCUCACUAAAUGUAUGUGAGACAGAGUCUAGAAACUUUUGUAUAAAUGGCACUGAGCCAUAUGAAUAAUAAUCUGAAGAGGUCUGCAAAGACGGCCACAUUUGAUAAUAUUUUGACAUUUGAUUCCGGUUGUUUGCAAGACCAUGCCUAAGGUAUUAAACCAAAAGCAAAAUUUCAGCUAUAAAGGAAAUGGGGGCUGCAUUCAAAGUGUGUUUGUUUUUAUGUAGCUGAUUAAUGUUUGGUUUAUUAGUAGCAAGCACUUACAUCUUAGGUUUUGGUUUGGUUUUUUUUUUCUGAUUUGUACCAGUUCCAUAUACAUGGCAAUCUCUUACAGAUAAUAGACCAUCUAAAUACCCAUUGGGAAGAUGAUCUUUGAUUUGUGCUCCCUUUUCCACAGUCCCCAAAUGUUUUCUAGUGUUUUGCUUUUCCUUGGUUUACUUUAAUAUUUGGUUUAAGGAGGUUGAGAUUACAUUCAAGUGGAAAGGGCUUCAUUUGAAGGUAUAAAUACAUUUAAGAAAUUUCAAUACUUCAAGUUGUAAUUAUGAAUAUGUAUGUAAUAUAGUUGUACUUUCUGUAAGCUUUGUAUGUAAUUAAGAUGGUUCAUUACAAUAAAGUAUGUAAAAUAAA